AUGGCUUCCUCAAGUUAUCAAAACAAAGCCCAUCCUAAGUCUCUUCUACCGGAUGAUCUUGCAACGCAAAAGUCUACCUCCGAAUCUCUAGUACAGGGUGCCAUCUUUGCAAUACAAGCCCUCGGCUAUGCACGCAUUGGCUUAGGGGCAGCGAGUCUCCUUGCCCCGAGCUCGAUCUGCGGACUCUUCCGAUUUCUUAUUUCCAACGAAACAGCCAUUGUUGUUCGGAUGUUCGGUGUUCGUGGCGUUGCUUUAGGUUAUCUUAUUCUUAACGCCGAUCACGCCGAUCAAAAGACGCUUUCCGGCAGGGAAGAGCUGAAGAGAAUGCUCUGGGCCAACUUUGGAUGCGAUGUGGCGGACAUUUGCAGUAUUGCAUUCGCGGUCACUAGUGGGCACAUGGAUCGGCUGCCGGGAACAUUUCUUGCAGGGGGUGCAGCUGUUUGUGUUGCCAUGGCGCUUCUGGGAAUCAAGACUAUUGAGGAUAUUCAAACUUUGGCUUUCAAGGAUGAGUGA